AUGUACUACAGCGGAGCUGACAGGAAUAUCUACAAAGCCGCAGGACCGACUCAUCCCAAUCUCAACCUCACGUCGGAGGAGAAGCGGGUGUUCUACCAGCUCUUCCAGGCGGCAGAUACCACCAACCUCGGUGUCGUCACCGGUGAGGUUGCCGUGCCGUUCUUCGAGAAGACCAAGCUCCCUCCGGAUACACUCGGAUUGAUCUGGCAACUCGCGGACAAAGAGAACAGAGGCCUCCUGACGCCGUCGGGUUUCAGCGUCGUGCUGAGAUUGAUUGGACAUGCGCAAGCUGGUCGCGUACCGACGGAGGAAUUGGCACUGCAGCCCGGUCCGUUGCCCAAGUUCGAAGGCCUGAAUGUCACCGUUCCCCCUCCGCGCACUGCCGACGGAGCCGUCAGUCCCCCGCCCUCUGCUGGCGGACCUGCACGGGUCCCGCCAUUGAAUCCGGAUGAUGUGAACAAGUUCUACUCUUUGUUCGAGAAGUCUGAUGUCCAGGGGGGUAUUCUUUCAGGUGAGGCUGCAAAGCAGAUCUUUGAGCGCGCUCGACUACCAAAUGAGGUCUUGGGUCGGAUAUGGAAUUUGGCGGAUACGAGACAGCGCGGAGCUCUGGAUGCGACUGAGUUCAUAGUUGCUAUGCACCUGUUGACUUCCUACAAGACCGGUGCCAUGAGAGCCAUCCCCCCUACUCUACCCCCCGCACUGUUCGAGGCUGCUGCUCGCAGAGGGGUCCGGACAUCUACAGGCUCACGGCAAGGCUCAGACAUCCCCCCAGUCCCUGCCAUCCCUAAGCAGUUCACCGGCCCCCAGCGGACCCAGAGCCCCAUCAACAGACAGCUCUACGCAUCUCCUCUUUCAGCGCAGUCUACCGGUAACGACUGGUUGAUCACGCCUCAAGAAAAGGCACACUAUGACAACAUCUUCACAACAGUCGAUACCGCAAAGGCGGGCGCGAUCAGCGGCGACCAGGCCGUCGCUUUCUUCACUAACGCACAGCUGCCGGAGGAAGUUCUGGCUCAAAUAUGGGACCUGGCGGAUAUCGACUCUGACGGGCAGCUCACCCCAGAUGAAUUCGCCGUCGCCAUGCAUCUGGUCCGCGGGCAGCGGGCUAGAAAGGAGCCUCUUCCUCAAGUACUCCCUCCUGCGUUGAUACCUCCAAGCAUGCGUCGUCAAUUCGCGAGGCCGGUACCAGCGCCGGCUCCUGUACCUGCGCCAGCACCAGCACCAGUUCCAAGAUCUGCCGCCGAUGACCUAUUCGGACUGGAUUCUAUCGCUGCGCCGCCGCCGCCGGCCGCUCCAUCCCAGAUUCCUCAAAUGACGGGAGGAUCAAACACGGCAUUCCAGGUUCCCGGAUCCCCCGCGCGAGCUUCUUCUCCGCAGGGUGCAUCUUCUACCUUUAGGCCCUUCGUCCCGACGUCGUCUUUUGGCCAGAGUCUGAACCCGCAGCUGACCGGUGCAUCUCCUGUAAGCCCUCCACGGCCUAUCAAAUCACCACCGCCGCCUUCGGAUGAUCUGCUGGGUGACAAUGACCCGGAGGAGAGCAACAAGCUCACUCAGGAGACGACCGAACUUGCUAACCUGUCCAACCAAAUCGGCUCCUUGUCCAGGGAGAUGCAGAACGUGCAGGGAAAGCGUGCAGCCAGCGAGCAGGAACUCACACAGAAUUCUCAGCAGAAGCGUGACUUUGAAGCGCGACUGGCACAGGCCAGAGCGAUGUACGAGAAGGAGGUCAAGGACUUCAAGGCCCUCGAGGAGCGGCUGAAUACCUCUCGAGCUGAAACCAAGCGGCUACAGCAAGAAUACGCCUUGAUCGAAGGCAGCCGACAAGACCUCCAGAACCAGUACAACCAGGUCUCCGCCGCACUGGCCGCUGAUCAGAGUGAGAAUGCGAGCCUGAAAGAGAAGAUCAAGGCGGCGAACGCUGCUGUUAGCCAACUCAAGCCGGCGCUGGAGAAGGCUCGUUCUGAAGCCCGACAGCAGAAGGGCCUCGUGGCCAUCAACAAGAAGCAGUUGGCGACGGUGGAGGGCGAAAGGGACAAGAUCCAGGCUGAGAUCGAUGCCAUAGGGAGGGAUAGGCAAGAACCAGAAGACAGCGCCGCCAUCGGUGCCGUGACCGGCACACCGCGCGUCGCCAGCCCGGCUGUUUCGACUACCAGCCAAGGCACAAACCCUUUUUUCAAGAGACAGAUGACCGGUUCGUCCGAAACGACUCCUCCAGUAGCUACUGACCGGCAGACUGCAUUUGACAAUCUGUUCGGUCCAUCCUUUGCGGCCCCGACGACUUCUUCUCCGCCGCCUCCAACAGCUUUCCGGGCAGCAUCCCCUUCUGCAGUCCAGGGAGCCAGAAGUCUGUCCAAGUCACCGACCACAUCUGGAGUGCCCACCCCUUCUGUCUCCCCUCCUCCACCGGGCGUGGCCGGCGAAGCCCCAGCCCUGUCCCAGUCGAGGCAAAUGACCCCGUCCUUUCUGCCCCUUGGGAGAGAUGACCUCCAGGCACAGUCAGUGACGUCCUCAACCAGAGUCUCUCCGCCUGCCAGCAGGUUUGGAGCUGAGGCGUCGGAGGCAUCGACAGUGGGAAGUGCUGCUGCACCAUCAGAGCCGCAGCCCGAGGAAAAGAUAGAGUCCCCUUUUGAUGAGCCGCAGGAUAAAGAGCUGAAGCCAUCACCAUUCCCUGAGAUGCCGGGAAACUUCCCUUCUUCUGACGCCGCUAAACAAGAGGGCGAAGCCAAGAAGGACCCAAGUUUCGACGAGUUGUUUGGAAGUAUGGCGCGGGAGAGAUCGCAGUCCCAGAAGGCGAACGACUUUGAUGAAGCUUUUGCGUCCAUGAAGCCUCAGCAUACCGGCCAGACAAACGGAGGUGCUGCUCCUCCUGUGGUCGCGGAGAGCGAGUUCCCCCCGAUUAAAGAACUCGACAAUGACGACGAUGAUGAUAGCACCGACAGCGAGGCUCCAAUGGGGUUCGAUGAUAACUUCACGCCUUCCUCCCCGCCAGAGACCAAGGAUGGCUCUAAGAACGAAAGGGUAGACGCUUCACAGCUACACGCAUUCCCAGCGCCUGGCACAAGCACCGCCUCAAUCUCACCUCCGCCUGCGGACUCUCAAAAGUCGCCUCCCGAUUACAACCAGACCGAACAGUCCCAGGAUGACUUCCCUCGCGAGUUCAAUGGUCUCUUGCCGAAGCGUGGGGAUCCCACGCAGCCACCGGAUGCUCCUCAUUCUGUAGAAUCGUCAAGCGGUGCGCCGAUCGUUUCUGGCCAGGCACAGAAGGAUGCCGCGGGGGGUACUGCUGCCGCUGACCAGAAGCCUGCUGGCAAGCCUGAUUUUGAGGCUGCCUUUGCUGGUCUUGAUCUGGCUCCGGCCAAGGAGACGGAUGACGACGAUGACGAUGAUGACGAGUUUGAGACACCGAACGCGAACAAGAACCCGACCGACUUCGACAUGUCGUUUGACUCUCCCAAGGCGGCAUUCCCCGCUCACAAUGCGGGCUCGUCAGACUUUUUCAGCUUUGAUACCGCAGGCCCUUCUGCUGAUGCAUCCAAGUCUCCGGCGUCAGGCAAUGGCUCCGCAACGAAUCAUGACUGGGAUGCCCUCUUUGCGCCCCUUGGAGCACCAAAGGAAGGUGAGAGCAACGGAAAUGCGCAGGAGUCGACGCAGUCUUCGAACUCUAAGCGUCAGCCGGGAUGGGCUCUGGAAGCUGACACGGGCGAAGACGACUUAAUCUUGCAGCGGCUGACGGGCAUGGGUUACCCACGAGAGGAAUCCCUUGCUGCAUUGGAGAAGUUUGACUAUAACAUUGAUAAGGCCGCCGAUUACCUGACGUCCAAGUCUUGA